AUGAAUAUAGCUGAUGUGUUUUCCAGACUAUCAACGAUUCAACCGAGAGCGUUUGAUGAUGAAGAAGAACUCAUGGUUCGUGAAGUAGCUAAUUCAGCAGUUUCAGCGAUUGCAUUAAAAUGGGACGAGAUUGAAAGUGCGAGCAAAAAUGACCCUCAAAUUCAACGAAUCAUUGAGGCGUUGGAUGCUGGGAUGACUGUAGAUCUACCUUUGGCAUUCCGAAUGAUAUUUACAGAGUUGUGUAGGUUAGGUGAUAUCCUUUUAAGAGGGGACCGAAUAGUGAUUCCUCAGCAACUUCAACAGCGAGUUCUUCAUCUGGCUCAUGAGGGUCAUCCCGGCAUCAGGGUUAUGAAAGGUCAUCUCCGCGCUAGUGUAUGGUGGCCUAAAAUGGACCAACACGUAGAAAGCUUUGUGAAAGAAUGCAGGGGCUGUACUUUAGUGACAACUCCAAACCCACCUGAACCAAUGAUAAGAAAGCAGCUUCCUACACGGGCUUGGGAACAAAUUGCUGUCGAUUUUCUUGGACCGCUCCCGGAAGGGGAAAACUUGCUCGUUUGUGUCGAUUACUUCAGCCGAUAUCUCGAAGUGAUUGAGAUGAACGACAUAUCUACAACGUCAACUAUUGACGAGUUAAUGAUUAUUUUCUCUAGAUAUGGCAUUCCUGAAAGUCUUAGAGCGGAUAAUGGACCACAAUUCAGUUCUGACGAGUUUCGCAACUUUUGUGAUGAGUAUGGUAUACGUUUAGUCCAUUCAAUUCCGUAUUGGCCACAAAUGAAUGGUGAAGUGGAGCAGCAAAAUCGGUCCAUUCUCAAGCGAUUACGCAUAGCACAAGAACUUGGGAAGGAUUGGCGUCGAGAGUUGCGACAGUAUUUACUCAUGUGUCACGCAGCUAAUCACACAACGACAGGAAAAUCGCCAUCUGAACUGAUGUUUGGUCGCCGAAUGCGUACAAAAUUACCAACUAUUCUUGCUACCUCUCCAGAAUAUGACGAAGUGAGAGAUCGUGAUGUUGUUGAAAAAGAGAAGGGAAGGGUAUAUGCAGAUGAGAAGCGAAGAGCCCGAAAGAGUGAUAUAGAGGUAGGGGAUCAGGUAUUGGCAAAACGUGUGAGGAAAGAAAAUAAGUUGAAUGCUGAUUUUAGUACAGCAGAAUUUGAUGUAGUCAGAAAAAGUGGCACGGAUGUUGUAAUCCGUUCAAAGGAGACUGGGGAGGAAUUUAGAAGAAGUGCAGCACAUUUGAAGAAGCUGCCGCAUACUAAUGUAUCGAACAAUUCUUCCGAGACUCUACCAGUGAAUAAUGACGAUUCCAUAAAUGAUGAAAGCAUAAUAGGUAUUCCUGCGGAUUCUAAUGAGCUAGCUAGUACGUCGAAAAGAAACAGAUCUGAGCCUAUCCAUUUCAAGGAUUAUCUUACCUACUGA